GCUUUGCUGCUCAGGUCCUGCAGGCCCGGGUCCUUGACUUCCCUGAUUGUCCAUCUGGCUUGCAGUCUUCCUCUUUUUCUGCAGGCUUCUACCUUUCCUAGCAUCACUGACUUUCCCAAUGAUUCAUGCCUUCUCAUGAUGUGGCCAAAGUACGACAGCCUCAAUUUCAUCAAACUGAAGGAAUGAGGAAUAUGUAGUCUUGUGGAUGUUGCUGAAUUGCAAUUCUUCCAUCUCUCACCAUUUUGCUGUCUAGGAGUGAUGUAGUCGGCAACACCUUCCUGGCUACACACUUCCCACCUUUGUCAGAGGAGAUUGAAGGGAAGGAGAGGACCAUAACAUUUUUAAGGAGGCAGUGUGCAUGAAUCUGAGAUGAGAGAUAACAGCUGAAAAGUCCUUUUCUCAAUGCCGUUGUGCCUCCUUAAUAGGCAUGCAUAUUGACUCAAGUAUUUCUGAGAAGCUAAUGUGGAAAUACCACCACUUAGCUUAGACUCACUACCGAAAGGAUUUAUAUCUAUUCUUUUACAUCUAGCAAAACUCAGGAAAAAUACAGCUGUAUGUUAGGAAGGCAUUUAAAAGUAUGAAGAUGAGUAUAUGCCUUAAAUAUUCACAACCUGGACUCCACAUUGGGUUCCUUGUACAUUUAUUUAUUAAUCUAGAGUUAAAAAUUUGUGGCAUAUACAAUGUAAUGAAUAUGAAUUUAGUUUUGCACUACUGAAAGUAGUGCUGUGGAAUGCCUUUAAGUGAUGGCAUUGAUGCAAUUGCUAAUUCUAAUGAGAAUAAAACCCAGUGAAUUUCUGCGUGGUAAAGCAUUGUUUAUGUAAAUUACAUAGAUUCAAGGAGUCUACUCUAGUAGGAACUAGCAGUUGGAUUUAGGCCAUUGUGUUAAGCCUAAUCUAUCUUUUCUUCACCCUGCUUAAUGUAAUUUAUUCCUGCUGGACAAUGGACAAGGUUUUUGCUCAUUGGCAUUGCAUUUUUGGAAGCAGCAACUCUGAAAAGGCUGCUCUGUUUUGCAUGCGCAGGCUCAUGGAUUUAAUCCCUAGCAUCUCCUGUUCAAGGGAUUUCAAGUAGCAGUGUAGUGAAAGACAUCUGUCUUGGAGAGCUGCUGCCAGUUAAAGUAGUAGAUAGUACUCAGUUAUAUAGACUGGUAGUCUGGCUCAGUAUAAUAUAGCAUCGUAUGUUUGUCAUAUGCCAGUUUUGUUUGGCAUAAACUGUCACGGUCUUCAGCCCACAACUUCAGAUACAAAUGGGCUGCAGGCCAUGAAACCUUAUGCCUAUUAAAACUUGUUAUUCUUUAAGGUGCCACAAGAAUUUUCAUUGUUUUUGCAGCAAUAGCCUAACAUGGCCUUUCCUCUAAUAAUUAUAUGCAGAGAAACUGUGAUUGUCACUUCCUAGCAAAUAUACUGUAUGUGCAGCAGAAGACAUGUGUUUGCAGUUGUCAGGCUUUCAGAUAAACUUCUGUGAAAAAGCACAAAGUAAGCGCAGAGCACUGAAGCUGAAUUUUGCAAACCCACCUUUCAAAUCUACAGCACGAUUUACUUUGAACCCUGGAGUUCCUUUUCAGAAUCCACACAUUGAUACUCAAGCAACAAUGGGUAGUAAUCACAUUGCCCCGUUCACUUUCAAAAGGAGAGAAGCGGAGAUGAUCGUGAAACUUUCCAGCAGGCUACAAGAGAGACUGAGAACACACAGCAUUGAAUCAUCAGGAAAAUUGAAGAUUUCCCCUGAACAACAUUGGGAUUUUACUGCUGAGGACUUGAAAGACCUUGGAGAAAUUGGACGAGGCGCUUAUGGUUCUGUCAACAAAAUGGUCCACAAACCAAGUGGACAGAUUAUGGCUGUUAAAAGAAUUCGGUCAACGGUGGAUGAAAAGGAACAGAAGCAGCUUUUAAUGGAUUUGGACGUAGUCAUGCGAAGCAGUGACUGUCCAUAUAUUGUUCAGUUUUAUGGAGCGCUCUUUAGAGAGGGUGACUGUUGGAUCUGUAUGGAGCUUAUGUCUACCUCGUUUGAUAAAUUUUACAAAUAUGUAUAUAGUGUAUUAGAUGACAUUAUUCCAGAAGAAAUUCUAGGCAAAAUCACUUUAGCUACUGUGAAAGCACUAAACCACUUAAAAGAAAACUUGAAAAUCAUUCACAGAGAUAUUAAACCUUCCAAUAUUCUUCUGGAUAGAAAUGGAAAUAUUAAACUCUGUGAUUUCGGCAUCAGUGGACAACUUGUGGACUCCAUUGCCAAAACCAGAGAUGCUGGGUGCCGACCCUACAUGGCACCAGAGAGGAUAGACCCCAGUGCAUCCAGGCAAGGAUACGAUGUGCGCUCUGAUGUCUGGAGCUUGGGGAUUACAUUGUAUGAGCUGGCCACAGGGCGGUUUCCCUAUCCCAAAUGGAAUAGUGUAUUUGAUCAGCUGACACAAGUAGUCAAAGGAGAUCCACCACAGCUGAGUAACUCAGACGAACGGGAAUUCUCCCAAAGUUUUAUCAACUUUGUCAACUUGUGCCUUACAAAGGACGAGUCCAAACGGCCAAAGUAUAAGGAGCUUCUGAAACAUCCCUUCAUCUUAAUGUAUGAGGAGCGAACAGUAGAUGUUGCGUGCUAUGUUUGUAAAAUUCUGGAUCAAAUGCCAGCAACUCCCAGCUCUCCUAUGUAUGUUGAUUGAUACUGCUGCUACAUGAAAACUCUAGUACAAGUGCUGAGAGAAAACAAGAUGUACAGAAUCUUCACCCCCAUAUUGCAGUGUUUUAAUGCUCGUCCAGACACCAUGUGCAAUAAUGUUGGUGUUUUUCUUCCAUUCUGUCUGUAUAUUAUUAUCACUUAAAAAGUGCAUCCAUGUAAUAACUGAUCACACAGUGUUAGUGUCGGUCAAAGAGAGAUGUCAUUUUGCUCUUUUUGUGGACAUAUUCAUGAAAUGUGGAAAUAAGUAACAUUUUAUUUGUUGACCAUGAUUGGAUAAUACCUAAAGGUUCAUUUCUAGACUCAGAGACUUCUCAGCAGCUACUGGAAUGAUUUUAUUCCCUUGAACUCUUCCAAUUGUUACAGAUAAUUUAAAAGAAAGGAAGUUAGGCAUUGGGUCUGUCUGAUUCUGAACAUAAAGAAACUCUGCCUGGGGAAAAGAGGAACUUGUGCAGCCAAAUGGGUUACUUUUAACUUCUGGUGCCAGAAAAGGCAAAUGGGAUAAUAUAUAAAUAUAUAUAAAUAUAUAUAUAUUUUCUUCACAAAGUGCAAUAGAUUAAUUGAUUUGAAAUUCUGUUGCUUUUCAGUCACAGUGUAUGUUUUGAGGACAGUGUGGCUCAGCAGAACUUCAUGUUUUGGGGAGGUGGGGGCAGAAGAAGUGAUCAUGUAAAAUGGACUAUGUCUUUACCAAAAAAAAUAAAAUAAAAUACUGCAUUGAAAGAGGCUAACAAUUAGACUAAUGAGAGAUGGAGAAUACUGUAUUCUUUCAUUUUCCAAGCAAGCCAUUCUUUGACAGAUCUAGGUGUCCUGUAAAUUGUUACCUGGUAAGAUAAGACUUUGACCUGAGGAAUUAUUAAACUACUCAAUUGAAUUUAACUGGCUUAUGAUCCCUGAUUUCUAAUUAUGUAAUGCUUGUUAGCUGGCUAAACUUUUACAUUUGAAAGAGCACUGGACAACCUGAAGUUGUUAAGAGCUGUGUUACAUUAUUAAUCAGUAAAUAAUUCUAAAUCACUUCCAUGCACCAAAUGAUGUUCUCCAAAUGCAUAAGUUAGACUCUUCUCACAGAGCUAUUGGUGUGCUUUGGAUCUCUGCUUCAUAUCUGAUAAUUACUAUCAGAUCAAAGAAGUUUCCCCCAUUCCUUUCAGUUGUAUAGUUUGAUCCCCAGAACCACUGUAAUAAGGAUUUUAACUAUGUUUAAUAUCAUUUUGAGAUCCUCUAUCAAUGCUCAGUUUUUAUGAGAGUAGUUUCUAACAAAACAAUAAAUGAAAGUACUGGAAUGUUAAAUUCUUCAAAAGUAUGGGACAGAAAAGACAACUCUGGAGAUUAUAUUGUGAGAUCAAGGAGGAAAAUCUUGAAACGAUUAUUAGUAUUCAAGUCAUCCAGUGAGAAGUUGUCUUGCAACAGAAGGAAGGAAGUAGAAGUUGAAUUAGCCCAAAGCUAUUUGGAAUGCCAUAGGCAAUCCUUUUUACACACACAAGGCUAGGAUCCAAUCAGUUAAACAAGUGAAAAACCUCAUUGCUGUAUCCAGGUAACUUAGUAUUUAGUUUACCAAUUGGUUAAUAGGCUCUUACUGGGGAAAAAAAAUCCUGCAACAUGGUCAACGCCAAAAGUGAGAACGCUUCAGAAUGGAAACCAAUGGGGACUUUUUAAACCGAGUGUUUCUUCCUUGAAAUCCCCACAAAGGGAGGAUGCCCAUCCUUGUCCAGAGACUUCCAGCCUGUACAUGCCAAACUCCUGGUUGUUAUUCCUUAUCUCUGCCAAAAAAAAUUGGAUAGGUUUCAUACCUGUGUCUAUUUUCUCAUUCAGUCCUAAUGUAUUUAAGCAGAGGACUUCCAUUCAGCCAACCAGGAAAUGGAGGUAGCUUCCCAUUCAGGCUCAGUGGAUGACCAAGACAAAAAACGGACAGUUCUAGCAUCAUCAUAGAUUGUUAUAAUAUACUCUUAAGGGUGCAACAUUUAUAUUACAGUGUAUGUUUAUAAAGAUGUAUAGUGUUCAGAAGCUGUGAAAAUAGUGUAAGAACUGUACAUUGUGAGCUCUGGUUAAUUUUUUUUCUUGUACCAUAGAUAAAAUGUAUAAAAGUUUAUUGAGAAGCUGAUGUGCAGGGAUAUUGCCUUAUCAUCUGUAAGUAAAAUGGAGUUUGACAACUUGA